AUGCCGCAACUUAUUCCAAGGGCAUCAUGGGUCUCAGUGCUGAUGGUGGCACUGCUGGCAGUUUCUACUGUCAAUGCGCAUCCAAUCUACCAGACAGUUGAAGAGAUGGAAAAAGGACAAGCUUCCAAGCUUGAAUCUCGGUCACCGAGACUUAUUCCAGACACCCAGGAGUACGUCCAUGACCUCUUGCAAGGGUUGGGCCUGCAAGAGCCAACCCCAACCCCAACCGCAACAUCCACUCCAACCUCCACGCCCACUGCCAGCGUGCAGACCAAACAGGAAUUGGAUAACAUGAAGCCAACACAAACCACGAACAUUGUCUACUCGAGCUCCACCGGCUACACAUCCACUUAUAGCAGCAAUGGGGCGGGCUACACUCAUACCGUGAAACACGUACACAGCAACAACAGACCAAUCGAGAACAUCCAGAUUGGGCAGGGUUGGAAUGGGGAUAAGAAAAUUACGACUGAGGAUAUCCCUGUUGCUUUUGAUACUUUUUAUCGGGAGUUGGAGCAUCGAUUGAAGAAUAUGAUUGACAGCUCUGAUGAGAUUGGAUUGGACGGCUUCCUAUGA